GUCAUCCGUGCGGGCGGCAUCGACAGCGAGAGGCAUGGCCGUCUUCGGUUUAACGGUCAUCCGGCAUGACGUGCAUCCCUGCGAUGAAGUCAGGGUUAAGGAGUCAUUGGUAGAUUCCUGGAGCGGUGCCUGGGCCUCAAGAGAGGGCAGGGAACAUGCGCCAGUGCCUCUUCGUUACACAGUAAGCAUCCCCACUAGCAACCUUGGUGUCUGCGCGUGUAACAAAAAUGUGCGUUUCGUUAGCAGGGAAAGACUGGGAUAACUGAGUCAGUGCUGUAAGGGCUGAGUAACGUUACAAAUUCCUGACUAAAAGUUCUCAGCCAGGAUUGGUUUUUCUCCUGUUUUAAGUUGUUGGUUUCUGUUUGUUUGUUUUUCCCCCACAGUGGACAAACGAGAUACAACAAGGAGAAGAUAAUGCAAGGUCAGGGUGUGGACGAGCCUCUCUCAGACACUGGGUUCAAGCAAGCCAAUGCAGCUGGGAUGUAUCUCCGUCAUAUCAAAUUUACUCAUGUCUUCACCAGUGACCUGAUUCGGGCAAAGCAGACCACGGCUUCAAUUCUGAAAAAUAGCCAGUACUGCAAAGAGAUUCCUGUAAAAUGUGACCCUCGCCUUCGAGAACGGAAAUAUGGAGUGGCGGAAGGGAGGCCUCUCAGUGAUCUUAAGGCGAUGGCCAAGGAAGCUGGGGAGCCGUACCCCUCUUUUACGCCAGCUGGAGGAGAAACCCUGGAUGAAGUAAAAGCCCGUGUCAAGGAUUUCUUUGAAUACCUUUGCAGUCUGGUUAUCCAGGAGGCAGGUCUAGAAAAACAAGAGACAGAAGAAAAUGCAGAAAUGGCCGAAGGAAGUCCUCCCACUUCGUUGCCAAACCACCACGGUGAACCGAAAUCCGAUUCUAAUUCCGAAGGAGCUGCAGGAGGAAGACUGGUAGCCAACAUCCUAGUUGUGAGUCACGGGGCAUACAUGAGGAACUGGAUUGGCUAUUUCAUCUCCGACCUGCAGUGUAGUUUGCCAGCCACAUCAACAAAGGCUGAAUUGUCCUCGGUUACUCCUAAUACCGGGAUUUGCCGCUUCAUUGUAAAACUAGAAAUGGGGGACCACGUCCUUCCGCCUAAAAUCCGCUGCCUUUCUCUCAAUAGAAGCGAUCACUUGCGUGACAUGGGUGACAGCUGAGAACACGCAGCUGCACCGCCUUUAACCCCGGCGGAAAUUAUUUAUGCCCCGCGUGGAAUCGUCAUAUUAUCUUUUCAAUUAUGUUUGAAAACGUAGCAUGUUGGAAAGAAUGAUCUGCUAAGGAAUUUAAACUUUCAUUUUGCUUCCGUCUUUCUUGACCGGUUCACCCUUGUUGGGGGGGG